GACCUGCCUUCAAUUGGAACAUCAGAAUGGGAGAUGACACAUUGCUACUCACCUUCCACCUUCUCUGAGGGAAAGAGUCCAUAAGAAACAACAGUCAUACAGGAGUCUGCAUUUCAGAAGAGCUCCAGGAAUCAUGCUGGAGAAGUUCUGCAACUCUACUUUUUGGAAUGCCUCAUUGCUGGAUAGCCCGGAGGCGGACCUGCCGAUUUGUUUUGAGCAAACUGUUCUGGUCUGGAUUCCCUUGGGCUUCCUUUGGCUCCUGGCCCCUUGGCAGCUUCUCCAUGUGUACAGAUCCAGGACCAAGAAAUCUCCUUUAACCAAACUCUACCUUGCUAAACAGGUACUUGUUCUAUGUCUUCUUAUUCUAGCAGCCAUAGAGCUGGUCCUUGUACUCACAGAAGAUUCUGGACAAGCCACCAUCCCUGCCGUUAGAUAUACCAAUCCAAGCCUCUACCUGUGCACAUGGCUCCUGGUUCUGCUGAUCCAACAUAGCAGGCAAUGGUGUGUGCAGAAGGACUCUUGGUUCCUGUCCUUAUUCUGGAUCCUCUCAAUACUCUGUGGCACUUUCCAAUUUCAAACUCUGGUCCGGAUGCUCUUAAAGGGCAGCACUUCCAGUCUAGCCUACUCAUGCCUGUUCUUCAUCUUCUAUGCACUCCAGAUCCUGAUCCUGAUCCUUUCUGCAUUUUCAAGAAGAGAUGGCUCAUCAGAUAAUCCAUCACUCACGGCUUCGUUUCUGAGUAAUAUCACCUUUAGUUGGUAUGACAGCAUUGUUCUGAAAGGCUACAAGCAACCUCUGACCCUUGAAGAUAUCUGGGAGGUCGAUGAGCAGAGUAAAAGCAAGACACUAGUCAGCAGAUUUGAAAAGCACAUGGUGAGAGAGCUGCCCCAGGCCAGGCGGGCACUGCAGAGACGGCGGCAGAAGAAUGCCCAGAGGGACUCUGGAACCAGGCUGCAUGGCUUGAGCAAGAACCAGAGUCAAAGCCAAGAUGUCCUUGUCCUGGAAGAAGCUAAAAAGAAAAAAAAGAAGUCUGGGACCACAGAAGACUUCCCUAAGUCCUGGUUGAUCAAGGCCCUCUUCAAAACUUUCUACGUCAUCAUCCUGAAGUCAUUCCUGCUCAAGCUGGUGUUUGACCUGCUCAUGUUCCUGAAUCCUCAGCUGCUGAAGUUGCUGAUCUCCUUCGCAAAUGAGCAGGACAGCUAUGUGUGGACUGGAUACCUCUAUUCAAUCCUCUUCUUCUCUGUGGCCCUCAUCCAGUCUUUGUGCCUUCAGUGCUACUUUCAACAUUGCUUCAUGUUGGGCAUAAAAGUACGGACAGUCAUCAUCGCUUCUGUAUAUAAAAAGGCACUGAGCCUAUCCAACCAGGCAAGGAAGCAGUACACCGUUGGAGAAACAGUGAACCUGAUGUCUGUGGAUGCCCAGAAGCUCAUGGAUGUGACCAGCUUCAUCCACCUGCUGUGGUCAAAUGUUCUGCAAAUUACCUUAUCCAUCUACUUCCUAUGGAUAGAGUUGGGACCCUCAGUCUUAGCAGGUGUUGGUGUGAUGUUGCUCCUAAUCCCAGUUAAUGGGAUAAUCGCCAUCAAGAAUAAGACUAUUCAGGUAAAAAAUAUGAAGAAGAAAGACCAGCGUUUAAAGAUAAUGAACGAGAUUCUCAAUGGAAUCAAGAUCCUGAAAUACUUUGCCUGGGAACCUUCAUUCAGAAACCUAGUCUACAACAUUCGGAAGAAAGAGCUCAAGAAUCUGCUCCGCUUUGGGCAGAUACAGUCUGUGAUGAUGUUUCUCUUAUUCUUAACUCCAGUCCUGGUGUCUGUGACCACAUUUUCAGUUUAUGUCCUGGUGGAUAGCAAUAAUGUUUUGGAUGCGAAAAAAGCCUUCACCGCCAUCACCCUCUUUAAUAUCCUGCGCUUUCCCAUGCACAUGCUUCCCAUGGUCAUCUCUUCCAUGCUCCAGGCCAGUGUUUCCACAGAGCGGCUGGAGAAGUACUUGGGAGGGGAUGACUUGGACACAUCUGCCAUUCAACAUGACAGCAAUUUUGCAGACAAAGUCGUGCAGUUCUCCGAGGCCUCCUUUACCUGGGACCAGAAUUCGGAAGCCACAAUUCGAGAUGUGAACCUGGACGUUAUGCCAGGCCAGCUGGUGGCUGUGGUGGGCAGUGUGGGCUCUGGGAAAUCCUCCUUGAUGUCAGCCAUGCUGGGAGAGAUGGAAAAUGUUCACGGGCACAUCACCAUCAAGGGCAGUAUAGCCUACGUCCCACAGCAGUCCUGGAUCCAGAACGGCACCAUAAAGGACAACAUCCUGUUUGGAUCAGAGUUAGAUGAAAAGAGAUACCAGCAAGUUCUAGAGGCCUGUGCCCUCCUCCAAGACUUGGAAGUGCUGCCCGGAGGAGACCUGGCUGAGAUUGGAGAGAAGGGCAUAAAUCUCAGUGGGGGCCAGAAGCAGCGGAUCAGCCUGGCAAGAGCGGCCUACCAGAAUUCAGACAUCUAUAUUCUGGAUGACCCCCUGUCAGCCGUGGACGCUCACGUGGGAAAACACAUUUUCGAAAAGGUCUUGGGUCCCAAUGGCCUAUUGAAAGGCAAGACUCGGCUCUUGGUUACACAUAGCAUUCACUUUCUUCCCCAAGUGGAUGAGAUUGUGGUUCUGGAGAAUGGCACCAUCUCCGAGAAGGGGUCCUACAGCGCUCUGCUGGUCAAGAAAGGAUUGUUUGCUAAGAAUCUGAAGACAUUUAUGAAACAGGCAGGUCCUGAAGGAGAAGCCACAGUCAAUGAGGACAGUGAAGAAGAAGAUGACUAUGGGCUGAUGCCUAGCAUGGAGGAAAUCCCUGAGGAUGUGGCCUCCUUGACCAUGAAAAGAGAAAAUAGCCUUCGUCGGACACUUAGCCGCAGCUCUAGGUCCAGUAGCAGGCCUCUGAAGCCCCUGAAAAACUCCUUGAGAACUCAGAAUGUGAAUACCCAGAAGGAGGAGGAAGAACCGGUGAAAGGACAAAAAUUAACUAAGAAGGAAUUCAUAGAAACUGGAAAGGUCAAGUUCUCCAUCUACCUGAAAUACCUACGAGCAGUAGGAUGGUGUUCAUUUUUCUUCAUCAUCCUUGCCUAUGUAAUUAAUUUUGUGGCUUUUAUUGGAUCCAAUCUCUGGCUCAGUGCUUGGACCAAUGACUCUAAAACCUACAAUGGCACCAACUAUCCAGCCUCUCAGAGAGACAUGAGAGUUGGCGUCUAUGGAGCUCUGGGAUUAGUGCAAGGUAUAUCUGUGCUCAUAGCAAAUCUCUGGAGUGCCUAUGGCUUCAUCCAUGCAUCAAACAUCCUUCACAAGCAACUGCUGAACAAUAUCCUUCGAGUACCCAUGAGUUUCUUUGAUACAACACCCAUAGGCCGGAUUGUGAACAGGUUUGCUGGUGAUAUUUCCACGGUGGAUGACACCCUCCCCAUGUCUUUGCGCAGCUGGAUUUUGUGCUUCCUGGGGAUCAUCAGCACCCUUGUCAUGAUCUGCAUGGCCACUCCAAUCUUCAUCAUCAUCAUCAUCCCUCUUGGCGCCAUAUAUGUGUCUGUUCAGAUGUUCUACGUGGCCACUUCCCGCCAGCUGAGACGUCUGGACUCUGUCACCAGGUCCCCACUCUACUCUUUCUUCAGUGAGACUGUGUCGGGCUUGUCUGUCAUCCGUGCAUUUCAGCACCAGGAGCGGUUUCUAAAACACAAUGAGGUGUUGAUUGACACUAACCAGAAAUGUGUCUUUUCCUGGAUUAUUUCUAACAGGUGGCUUGCAGUGCGUCUGGAGCUGGUUGGGAACUUGAUUGUCUUCUUUUCAUCCUUGAUGAUGGUUAUUUAUAAGGAUACUCUAAGUGGAGACACUGUGGGCUUUGUUCUGUCCAAUGCACUCAAUAUCACACAAACGCUGAACUGGCUAGUGAGGAUGACGUCAGAAAUUGAGACCAACAUUGUGGCUGUUGAGCGAAUCAAUGAGUACAUAAACCUGGAAAAUGAGGCACCCUGGGUGACUGAUAAGAGGCCUCCAGCUGGUUGGCCCAGCAAAGGGGAGAUUGAGUUUAACAAUUACCAAGUACGGUAUCGGCCUGAACUGGAUCUGGUACUGAAAGGGAUCACUUGUGACAUCAAGAGCCAGGAGAAGAUUGGCGUGGUGGGCAGGACAGGAGCUGGGAAGUCAUCCCUGACGAACAGCCUCUUCAGAAUCCUAGAGGCUGCAGGUGGCCAGAUCCUCAUCGAUGGGGUCGAUAUUGCUUCCAUUGGGCUCCAUGACCUCCGAGAGAAGCUGACCAUCAUCCCCCAGGAUCCCAUCCUGUUCUCUGGAAGCCUGAGGAUGAACCUAGACCCUUUCAGCAACUACUCAGAUGAGGAGAUUUGGAAGGCCCUGGAGCUGGCUCACCUCAAAUCCUUUGUGGCUGGCUUGCAGCUUGGUUUGUCCCACGAACUGACAGAGGCCGGUGACAACCUUAGCAUAGGGCAGAGGCAGCUGCUGUGCCUGGCCAGGGCUCUGCUUCGGAAAUCCAAGAUUCUGAUCAUGGAUGAGGCCACUGCUGCCAUAGAUCUGGAGACAGAUCACCUCAUCCAGUUGACCAUCCAGAAGGAGUUCUCCCACUGCACGACCAUCACCAUCGCCCACAGGCUGCACACCAUCAUCGACAGCGACAAGGUAAUGGUCCUAGACAACGGGAAGAUUGUAGAGUAUGGCAGCCCUGAAGAACUCCUGGAAGCACGUGGCCCCUUUUAUCUUAUGGCCAAAGAAGCUGGCAUUGAACAUGUGAACAGCACCGCACUGUGACAACAGGUCCCAUGGCUCAGAAAGGACUAGAAGGACGAGUCCUUAUUUAAUUUUUGGGAACUAUAUCAUUCAUAAAGAAAUGUGUGUAAAAUGUGCAUUUUAAAGAAGGAUCGUAAGUGAACACCCACAUGUGCCCGCUACCCAGGGUAAGGAAAUGAACAUUAGCAACUCCAUCGGAACCCCACGGUGGCCCCGCUUCGAUCUUACCCCCUUGCUGGCCUGCUGCGCACUCCCAGAGGUAGCCGUUGUGCUGAGUGUCAUGACAAUUAUCUCCUUGCUUUCCAUUGUAGUUUUGCCACUUUGUAUGUAUCUUUAAACAAUGUGUACCUUUUUAAAAACUUAUGCAAAUGGCCUGGCUCAUACUGCACACAUUCUUCUGUGACUUUCGUUCAAUGUGAUUUUUGAGCUUUAUCCCUGUUGAUGCCCACAGUGGGGUCAGUUCAUUCUCGCUGCUCUGCAGUAUAGCAGAACGUGCAUAUGCCGCAGCGUAUCCAUUUUAAUGCUGGUCAGCAGUUAUUUCUAGGGUUGUGUCUUUUUCUAGGAUGAACUAUAUUGCUAUGAACAUUCUGAUAUAUAAUUCCUGAGAUAUAUGUGCAAGACUUUCUUAGGGUAUAAUGCAGUUAUGGGGGUGUGCACAUGUUUACAUGCAUAUACUCAGUAGUGCCAAACUGGCAAUGCCAAUUUAAAGCACGUUGUCAAUCUGAUGAGCAUGAACUGGUCCUUCAGUGAGGUUUACAUUUAUAUUUACCUGGUUAUUAUUGAGGUUUCAAUACGAGGUUCCUGCUGGUUCUAGUAGCGCUGCUUUAUUUCCUUGUAUGCCUUGUGAAUUUUUACAAGAAGCUGCUCACUCUCCUUAGCAUUUUAUCUGUGGACAUUCUUUGAGGUCAAGUGAACCUGAGCUGUCCUAAGAAGAAUCACAAAAGCACCUGCCUGUCACCAGGCAACAUUUCCCAGAAUAUCUUUGAAUUUAGUUCUCCUUGAAGGAGUCUCAAACUACAAGUUAGUGUGACUUCAGACCACAAUCCUGUGCAAGAGCGAGCUUCUGACCUACAAAUUUUCAAGGGUGAUGCCUCCCCUUGACCUAGCAUCAGGCUGGAGAUAGACAUGUGGCCCUAUUGACCCCUCCUUCAUGCACCGUUUAUUCCCACCACUCUUAACUUUUUCCAAUCACGUCAGCCACCAGGCCCUUUCAGUUUUAUUUCUUUACCCCCAUCUAUUUCUCAUCACAUCUAACCUGGACUGGCGGCCCAGGAAUCCCUACUUCCUGUAUUGUCUUCCUCAGAUUCAUCUGCCCACGGCUAUCAGGGAUCAGAUAUGCACAACUCUUCUGCUUGAACCCUUCAUUCAAUGGCAGUCCAGAGUAAAGUUAAAAUUUCUUGGUGUGGUAUAAUGAAGCUCCCUCACAGCUGAUCUGAUCUCAAGUCUUCUAACUCCCAUAGCUCCAGCAACAGUAAAGUGCUUUAGACUCUCUCUCUCUCUCUCUCUCUCUCUCUCUCUCUCUCACCUUUGGAUCUAGCCUUUUGCAUAUCUAUCCCUUCUCCCUGGAAUGCCCUGGGUACUUCUAACUCAUUCUGACUCAGCUAAGAGGUUCUCCUCUCCUAAGAGCCUUCCCUGAUUCUCUUUCCUCUUACACCCCCAAGCUAGUUCCAGUGCUGCCGUGGCUUUUCAAUCUUUUGGGCAGCUCAGCAUCUGAACCCCAGUUCUAUGUUUGGGGACUCCCGCAACUUAAGAUUCUUGGUGGGAGACCAUGGUGCAGCCGUAUGACUAGGUCCCAGCGAUCAGAUAAGCCAGUGCCAGACUUUGAUUCAGAUGCCGGUGGCACAAAGAGGCAGGGGAAUCUGUCCUGCAAAGGUCUUUGGCAGGCACUGCUAUUGUCCAGGGUCGGGGUGUGGUGGAUCUAGCUGCAAGGUCCAGCGAUAGCGUAGUGUGAUGCUGAGCAUCAUUGCGGGCUUCAAAUGCUCACACCUGCUUUCUUACUCUCCAAGAGUCAAUGAGCUACCUGCCAUUUGCAAAAUUCCUUUCUGCCUGGUUUCCCAGAGGUGGGGACUGUUGUUUACAACAAAAAAUACUCCCCAGCUAACUUGCUGUUGUUGUAUUUAUUACUUUGUCAGACAUUUCUCCAUUAGGGUCUCCCUCACUAAACAGUGAGCCUCUUGAAAAUGGGAAUAAUUUCUUACUCAUUUUUUUUUAUCUUCGGUGGCUAAAAUAUAGCAAGUCUACACAUAUCUUUGUUCAAAAAAAUCUUUAAAAAAUUGAAUGGGAAAAACGAAUGUCAAGAAUGCAGCAAUAGAGUUGAAUAAAACAAAGUAACUCCACAUUGACACAUCGGCACAAACAGGAAAAAUAAAUGUAGCAAUCAGAUCUCAAUUUUUUGCAGCCUAGUUUUGUAUAAGUGCCUUUCGAAAUACCCGCUAAAGAAAUUUGUUUCAUUCAGGUAAUAGGAUGAGAAUACAUUUAAUGACAAAUGCACACCGGUCCUGUCUUUAUUUAAAAUUAGCAAACAAUAUUGUACAAACAUUGACGCUUAAAUCUCUAAACUUUUACAAUUUAGAUUUAGUUAGCAAAAGUCACAUUCGAUUGUAAGCAUGAAUUUAGUCUUCUACAUGGAUUAGACACUAAACAUUUUAAGGCUUCAUACUCUUUGAAGACACAAGUAAAAGAUUGUAAAAUUACAUAAAAAAUUAGAAGCACUCCAUUUUCAUAGUGUUCCUGUUUGCUUUAUAUGCAAGUAAUUGGUUAUGCUAUAGAAUUUAACUGUUACAGUGUAAAAAGCAACUAUUCAGGGAAGGAGUAAAAAAAAGGAAAAUAGAGGAGUAUGUGUAAGGCAGUAAUUCUUUUAGAUAAAAUAAGCAUAAAAAUAAGAGUUAUAGGAAGAAAUGAAAAAUGACUUAAGACUAGUUUGGUUCUUACAGAAUUUUAAAAAUGGACUAAUACACAGAGCUCCUUUCUUCAACUCUAACUAUCAAGGCCUUGGUUGCCAUAUUGAUAAUCUCUUGGAUGGACACCUUGGUACUUAACAAGACAGCCAUUUGGCUAUUCCGCUCCUGAGCAGCAAUGGGAACCACGGGCUUUGCUGCAGCAGAGUCUUUGGAACAUUUACCUGCUGCCUGAGCUCAUACCUACUUGUCCUGUCUGGGCAACAACUUCGUUGGCAUCCACCUGCAGAGAUUGUCGAGUUGUCCCCUGGUGGUAUCUCUGGACAGGUGCCU